AUGCUUUGGGAGAUCAAUGGAAUGUCAACGGUGAAGAUCUCUAUUCAGUCCUCUUACUCAUUUUGACAUGCAAAUAUCGGAUAUAUAAAAAGCCCGUAUAUAUAAAAAUAAUGGCUCGGGUGGUGAAAGUGUUCCGGACUUUAAGAAAUCAUUGGAAAAAGUCCACAUUUGCGGUGUGUGUGCUCUCGUAUGGAGGACACUGGCUGUAUGGAAAGCACUGUGACAGUGUGUUGCGACGUGAAGCGUGUAUAGAGGCUAGGGCAUUUGGUCAACAGUUAAUUGGACCUCAGGAGAUUCUGAAGAAAGCCACAGUCAUUCUGAAUCCUGCUGCCUGUAAAGGGAAGGCCAAUCAGUUGUUUGAGAAGAAUGCAGCUCCCAUUUUACAUCUGGCUGGUGUGGAAGUUAAAAUUGUGAAGACUGAUUAUGAAGGCCAGGCAAAGAAGCUCAUGGAACUGAUGGAGCAAACUGAUAUGCUGAUCAUCGCUGGCGGUGAUGGGACAUUACAGGAGGUGGUAACUGGCCUACUUCGUAGAACAGAUGAGGAGAUCUUCAGUAAAAUACCAAUUGGUUUUAUCCCUCUGGGUUCCAGUAACUCUUUGAGCCAGAGUCUGCAUCUAGUCUCUGACAAUAAAGUACAGCACAUUACCUCAGCAACUCUUUCAAUAUUAAAAGGAGAAAUGGUUCCACUGGACGUUUUGCAGAUAAAGGGUGAGAAGGAGCAGCCAGUGUUUGCGCUGUUAGGAUUACGUUGGGGUGCAUUCAGAGAUGUAGCAACUUCUAUUAGCAAAUAUUGGUACCUUGGCCCCUUGAAGACGAGAGCAGCACAUUGGUUUAGUAGCCUUAAGCAGUGGCCACAGGUUCAUGUGGCUUCCCUAUCCUAUCUGGCUCCAGUACCUCGUCCACCUGACCUUCCAGAUGAAAUACCACAGCGACCCAACCUCCUCUACCGCAUCUACCGCAGACUCCAGAACUACUGGAACCCUCCUUUAGAAGAGCCACCAAAAGAGCCUGAGCCAGAGCGAUGGGAGAGCAAAGACAUUUCUACAUUGGAGCUCACCGUUCUAACACACAACAAAAACCCAGUCAGGAGGCGUGUGGAUGAUUCAUUGCUUAUCAGACUGGACCCAGAAUCCCUUACAGCUGGUCAGUUCAUCACUGAGGGGACUAAUAAAUCAGCCGAUCCCAUGGAGCCUAUAGAAAAUGCUGUACAGAUAGAAGCCAGUGCUGCACGUCUUGAACUCCCAGAGGAGGGUGCUGGCUUUUAUGACAUUGACAAUGAGGAGUAUGAGGCAAUGUCUGUGGAAGUACGACUGCUGCCAAGAAAACUGAGGUUCUUUUGCAGUGCAGAGCGCAGAGAGCAGCUUGCAGAGGCUCAGUGACGACAACAUUGUGAUGACUUAUAAGUGUGGAUUAAUUCUAAGAGACAUUUUCCAAAAGUACAAGAGGAAAAACUGGAUAACAUAUCAGCUACUCCAAAAAAAAAACAAAGGUCGUCUUUAUUGUGUAACUGACGACUUGUGUACUAUGAACUUUAAAAGCUUAGUUUACCCCUAAAUGAGUUCUGUCAUCAUUUACUUACACUCACGUUUUCAAAUGUAUACGAAAUGUAUGUCUUCAGAAAUGAAGAUAUUUGUUUCUGCAUCAAGUCCGUUCACCCAAAACUUGAACAUGUUUAUUUGAUUAUAGCUAAAGAGAUGCUAAGUUUUAAAAUAAAAUCUAAAGUGUUCUAAAGAGGCAUGAUCACUCUAUUAGAUUAACCUUAAAUUUAGGGUUAUAUUAACAUAAGCAUUGAGCUAUAAACAAGCAUGUUUAAAGCAUUCGAAUGUGAUCACAGAAGCGCAGUGAUGCUUGCUUGACAUGUGAGAACCAACGAGAUUUAUUCUUGUGUUUUACACUACACAUUUAUGUUUACUGAUGUCUACAUGUGAAUAAAAGAACUAUUUAUUUUGGGUCAACGAAAGUCUUUGGAAUUAUAUGAGGUGAGCAUAUGAUGAAACAAAUUGCAGUUUGGAAAGGUAAAAGUCUGGAAAUGGUGUCAAUUUAUCAGUAUGCAACAAUUUGUCUUGCUGUUUUGAACUUUUCUUACAAACUCUGGUUUACCUUAAGUCAAUGUUUUCCUUAAAGAGCUUAAUAUUACCUUGAUAAGCGCAAAAAUUCCUUUACAAGUGAUUUCUUACUAAGAAAGAAAGACAUACUCACAAUUUACUUACUUUCAAGUGGUUCAAAAGUGUUACUUUUUCUGUUGAACACAAAAGAAGAUACUUCAAAGAAUGUUGAAAGCUGGUAGCCAUUUCUUUUGUGUUCAACAAAAGAGAGAAACUCUGAUUUGGCUGAGAAAAUGAUGACAGAAUAUUUGUUUUUGGGUGAACUGCCCCUUUAAGAAACUCAAACCAGUUUAUUACGCUGUAAAAGUUUGACCAGUUGAGGACCAAUAAAAAAAGUCAUUAUCAUGUU